CCAAAAAUAAAAUUACAUACAAUCAACAUAUAAUUGUUUCUGCUUGCUUGCAGCUGUAAAGUGUUAAAAACUUAGCAUUGUUUAUAUUCCCUCUGCAAGGCCAUUUAACCGGUCACCUACGCUACCAUAUUAUGUAUGCGUAAUUAUGAUAAUUUGUGUUGACUGUUGAGUACAAAGUCUAUUCAGUAUUCAACUUUCGUAAGACCGCGAGCUACGGCCGUUACGGAAUUGAGCACAAGACGGAACUGUCAACCGACUGCGAAGCAAAUUUAAUUGUUAUUUGGACUUAGAUGGGUGGAGGUGCGUCGUUAUUAGACUCGUGUAUAAUUUUUUUAUAAACCAGUUCACAAAAGAGAAAGGUUCAAACAAACGUUUUAAAAAAUUGUCUAAAUUUUAUUAAAAUAUUAAGUAAAAUAACGUGUGCCUUAUGGCUUCAACAUUAAGACGUGCUUUAAGCCUGACAAUAAAAAAAAGAAAUGUGUAUAAAACUUCUUUUUUACAAAACAGCACUGAUUCAAAAAUAUUAACAUCAGUUUUUAAGAAUUUAGAAGAUUCAAAUCUUACAAUUAAUGAAUUUGUGUGGCAAAACUUGGACAGAUGGCCAGACAAAACUUUUACAGUGUGUGCAACCACAGGCCACGGUUACACAUACGCACAAACACAUCGUAUGUCGAUAAAUUUUGCUGCGUCGCUCCGGACGAAAUUGAAAUUGAGAAAUGACGACACAGUAGCCAUAAUACUACCGAAUGUUCCAGAAUAUCCCUGUAUUUCACUGGGAAUAUUGGAAGCCGGUUGUAUAAUCAGUAUGAUGAAUCCUGCGUACAGUGCUCAUGACUUACAACGCCAGCUGGAAAUGAUAAAAUGCAAAGCGAUAGUAUCAUCAAAGCUAUCGUAUCCGAACAUCGCAGAGGCCCUGAACUCUAUGCAGAAGAAACUACCUGUGAUACUAAUAGACAACGAUGAGCUACCAGAGACAACAAUAAGAUUCUCAGAGUUCGCCAAUGACCUGAAUGUCGACGUGGGCUGUUUGAAGGCCGUGAAACGUAGUUCAAAAGAUGUCGCCAUAAUGCCAUUUUCGAGUGGUACAACUGGUUUCCCGAAAGCCGUUGUUUGCACCCACAAAUCUGUUGUGGCGUUUAACAACGCCAUUCUAGAUCCGAAUGUUAGUGGUGUGGAGGAGGCUACAGCGACUUAUCAGUCAGUGAUGCCGGGAGUGUUGCCAUUUUUCCACAUAUUUGGCUUCAACGUGCUUAUGUUGAAUUUGAUGUGUGUGGGUGUCAAACUGGUAACGAUAAGUCAGUUCAAGCCUGAAGUGUUUCUGGAGACACUGGUCCGGCAUAGGACUCAACAUAUGUACGCUGUUCCACCUAUGAUAAUAUUUCUGGCAAAACAUCCGGCUGUCACAUCCGCGCAUCUCCAAUCGCUCAAAGGUAUCGUGUGUGGAGCGGCCUCUUUAGCCAAAAGCGACGUUGAAGCUCUGCUAAAGAAAAACAGGAAUAUCAGAUUCCGUCAAGGCUACGGUCUGACUGAGACCAACGGUGGCAUAGUAAUUGGACGCAAUGAUGACACGAAUUAUGCCGCUGUUGGACAUGUAGUUGGGAGUUGCCAGAUUAAAAUUUCUGAUCUCGAAACCCAGGAGGCGCUUGGGCCAGGACAGGAAGGUGAAAUUUUGGUCCGUGGCCCGGUGCUCAUGAGCGGGUACUAUGAGAACGAAGAAGCCAAUAAGGAAGUGUUCACAUCAGAUGGCUGGUUCAAAACCGGUGAUAUCGGCAAAUACGACGAGAAUAAGUAUUUGUAUAUCACUGACCGGCUAAAAGAACUUAUUAAGGUGAAAGGAUUCCAAGUACCGCCAGCGGAGUUGGAGACCAUUCUCCGAACUCACCCUAAAGUCCUUGACUGCGCCAUCGUGGGUAUUAAGGACCCGUUAAGCGGCGAGGUGCCUAAAGCCUUCGUAGUGCCACAAGCCAAACAGACCAUCGACCCGAAGGAAUUAUUAGAAUAUGUGAACAAGCAAGUAGUGGCGUUUAAAAAAAUUAAGGAGGUUCAAUUUGUGACUGAGAUACCUAAAAACCCCGCUGGUAAGGUUUUAAGACGCGUUAUCAAGGAAAUGUAUUGUUAAUACAGGUAUUCAACAAAGUGUACUAUGGAAAGUGUUUUGAAGGGUUUGGGUUGAUCCCUCCUGCGUCUUCAUCAUCAUAAGAGCCGUGUUAACUCAUUCCAUUUGCAUCACGUUGAUGGCUGGAAGUCAUCAUAAUUUUUUUCCCGAACUGGAAUCGACUCCCGGUAGGGGUACCUUACCUGGAAGUUACGAUCUUCAUUUGUUUAAAGUAAUUUUAUAUAACAAGGGCAAACAGGAGUCCUGCUUAUCUGAUGUUUAGUGACACACCCAUAGACUCUCCAUGCCAUCGCGUAGCCGGCCUUUUAAGAAUUGACUCAUGAAGUAUCCGAAUUGGUAUGAUAGUCUUUCAGAUGGAUAAUAUAGACUAGUAUUUUUAUAGUCAAUUAAAAUUUUUAAAGAAAAUUUUAUGAGCUUAUUAGUUAUAAUAAAAAUGUGGGAUAUUUUUAAAUGAUUUAGAUUGAUACACUUUGCUAUAAUUAACUAACCAAGGAUUAUGUUAUAUUUAUAAUACGCAUCGCUCUUCGAUCUUUUCUUGGUAAAUCUAGUAAGGAAAAAAUAAAUGCUAAAGAAAACGGAUAAAAUUGUAGACAUAACAAGAAACAUAAUCUUUAGAAUCACAAUGCUUUCUACAUAAUAUAAUAUAUUUACGAUUUCAAAAAAAUAAACGGUUAAACCGGUAAUAUGGUUAGGAGGUGUUUAAAUAUUUAUAUGUUAUAGUAUGUUUAAUGUUAUAAUACUAAUGUUUAAUUCAUAUGUUAUUCACAUUUUAUUGGAGUAUUUUGAUUAAUGAAUCAUGGUUAUACACUAUUAAAUAUAUAAUACUAUAAUACACUGCAUAGGUGAUAUAAUUUUGAUAUUGUUUUGUGUGUGAUUGGUCUCUGGUAGAUAUGGAGUAAAUAGUAUUUUAACUAUUAAUAUGAAUUUUUAUUGAUUUAUUAACUUUAUUUCGUGUACGCUUUUUUAAACUUGAUUUUUAACGAGAUAAUGUUUUGAUGUGAUGAACACCAGUCGUACGCACGGAAAACAUGUCACGUUCCGCCUGAGCCGAGCUUAGUAGUCACGUCCCGCUUGCACAAACGAGAGCGUCGUACAAGCUAUACAGAGGAAGGCUAUAAGAGUUUGGCUUGUGCCGCAUUUAUCUCUCUUCCACUCCAUCGGCCGAUGCGUCAGAGUAAAAGAGACAGCGACAGAAAACAAUCUGUACGUUAACUGUUUUGUCUCUCUUACACGAUCUUGUGAACACACGUGUUGUCCCUUGCACGAUCGGUUUUAGUCGAACGUGACAUGUCAUGUUCACCGAUUUAUAAGACGUUGUCACGUCAAAAGGCGGUCAUCAUCAACAUCUCUGGGGUUACCGGUAUUACAAGGCGCCAAAUGAAAUCUUUAAAUAGCCCUUGAACCCUCUUAUAUAUGAGACGUUUAUCAGAAAUGAUAUUGCUCCGUUGGCGUAUUAUCGUAUUUGCUAUCGAAAAUCGGAUUAUAAAUCCCAAAAUCGGAAAGAUUCAAUUUUAUAUCUGUAUAGUAUUUUUUAAUAGAAUUUUUCGUAUGUCAAAGACAAAAUUGUAACAAGAAUUGUAAAACUUAUAAAAUAAUCCCUAGUCUAAGAUAAACUAAAUAUUGGUGCUUUAAUUAAGAAUUUUUAUGUAUUUAUUUUUGUAAAGGAAAUAUAUUCUUGACUAUU